AUGGCACCGCAGAAGCCUUUGCCUUAUGACGAUAAAUUCACUUCUCCAGACGAAUAUGUCUCAGAGCUUCUGAACUUCGUCGCAUCAACCGACGUCUUCCAGAUCCUCUGCGGUGGCGUUCACAUUCUAGACUUUUUCACAAUUGAACCUGGGCUGUUCCAUGCUGCUCUGCCAAGAGAAUGGCACCCUUUCCUACUGUCAUGCGACAUCAUGCGCCUAAUCGAUAUACUGGCACGAGAGGACCUUGACAACUUCCGAAAUGAUGGAGAGCAUCAGAUGCCCGAGAGCCUGCUCAUAUACAUCAAGUCGAUACGCAGGCUCUCUUUGAACCGGGAAUAUGCUCCGCCGGAUCGAACAGUGGCCAAGCCGACGAGAUCUGUCUCGAUUGGUAUGAAACCCAAGAAAAUACACGAAGUGGCCAACUUUGCAGACUAUGUUGACCGGCUGUCUUAUGAGGUCGCUUCGCAUGACGGGAGCAACGUCACACACUUCGUCGACUUUGGCAGCGGGCAGAAUUACCUUGGGCGGGCACUCGCCAGCGAACCUUACAACCGCCAUGUCGUAGCCGUGGAAGGCCGUGAGAACAACGUUUCAGCUGCCAAGGGUUUUGACAUGAGCUCUGGACUUUCCGUUGCGCCACAGGUACGGAGGAACAAGAAGGCUUGGGAUAAGAUUCGAAAAGCUGCCGGUCCCGGAGGACUCAAAGACCCCGAGCGACUCGCACAAGCAAUCAAAGACGUGGUGGGCGAGGAGGGCUUGCUCAAAGACGCUGAAGCCAAGCCGGUGGAUUUCCGGGCGAGGAAUGAUCUGGACGCGACAUACACAGCCGAGGACGGAAAGGGGUUUAUGACUUACAUAUCUGGGCGGCUUGAAAGCGGAGAUCUCUCCGGCGUAAUCUCUGAUAUCGAGCAGGGCGACCUUCCAGAGGAGAAGAAGCGCGAGCUUCGGCUGAUGGCCGUGUCCAUCCACUCCUGCGGCAACUUGUCGCACUUCGCCAUCCGUUCAUUGGUCAUGAACCCGGAUAUGCGUGCCGUCGCUAUCGUGGGCUGUUGCUACAAUCUCCUGACCGAGAAGUUGGGCGCGCCGACAUAUAAGCACCCCUUCCUCCGACCAACCUUACAAGCGAUCAAUGGCCGCGUCACACGCGAAUCCGAAAAGAACGAUCCGGAAGGUUUCCCGAUGAGCAAGCGCUUCUCCGAGCAUAACGGCGACGGUGUACGCCUGAACAUCACCGCCCGUAUGAUGGCAUGUCAGGCACUGCAGAACUGGACUGCCAAGGAGAGCGAAGGGUUCUUCACGCGUCACUUCUUCCGUGCGGUGGCACAGAAGAUGUUCCUUGACCGCGGCGUUGUACAGAAGAUUCGUCACCGUACUCCCGAACCCGGUGUGGCAGAGACACCCUUUGACCUGAGCACGAGUCCAGUGAUUGUGGGCUCGCUACGGAACAGCUGCUACGACUCUUUGAAGUCGUAUGUGCGCGGUGCCGUCGACAAGAUCAUCAACAACCAGGAGGUACCCGAGUACGCAGAACUCAUGCGCGAAAAGAUGGGAUCCAUCACAGACGAGGAGAUUGAGGAGUACGAGAAGAUCUAUCUUCCUAGAAAGAAGGAGCUCUCCGUCAUCUGGACCUUGAUGGCGUUCAGCGCGAUAGUCGUCGAGUCGUUGAUUGUGACAGAUCGCUGGACAUUCUUGAAGGAGCAGCAAGAAGUCGACCAGGCAUGGGUCGAGCCAGUGUUCGACUUCAAGCUAAGUCCCCGAAAUUUGGUGGUUGUAGGGAUCAAGAAGUGA